AUACACUUAGUCACUUUAAUUAAAAAAAAUACACUUUAUAUAUAAGUUCAUACCUAACUAUCUAAGGCCCUAAGUGGCUAAGAACUAAUUGUACGUCCUAAUUGGCUAAGUCGUCAGGUAAGCCUUCACUGUCUUCUUAUGCGAGCGCAGACUCUGCUUGCCUGAUUGAUGAACCGCUUCAUCUCCUACUCUCAUUCGUUAGUACAAGUGUGUAACCGUAUUCAUGUUGCUUCAUAAGUUUGUCUCAAGACACUCAAUUCUCGAUAAACCUAAAUGUCUAAUCAGCUAAUCUUAAUAACCUGUGCUAUCAAUUAAAUAGGUGUAAUGUUAUAAAUAACCUUUAAAAAAAAUCCAUGGAUGAUGUCUCCGAACCCCCAAUCAAUUUUUUGUAGUCCCCCAAAAUCAAAUCCUUACUCCACCCCUGUUUAUAGGUACAUUCCCUAUACUUUUAGGAGUUUAACAAGCACCUUCUAUAUUUAGUUUUAUCCCUUGUGAGACCUCUUCAUCCAUUCUCUUUUAUACUAACAUACAUACUAUAAGACGACUGAGAAAAGAGCUGGAAGAAAGCGAAUGUGAGAGCCCCAUAUAAAAAGAUCUUUAGAUUCAAAGAUAUUUUUUUGCCCAAGUGAGCUUGUCAGUUGUCACACGAAACUCCAAGGACUUGGGAAGACUGACUUGAUAGUUUAUUUAAGUUGGUAAAACUAAAAGACCAGCUAAUCCCAGAGAAAUAAACUCACCUGACUCAUAGCUUAUUUAAGUAGUAGCUCUUCAAUUGCAAUUCGCAUCAACUGUUUCACUCUCUACUUGGUCAUUUUCCCAGUAACCAAACAGAUUUUUAUUUUUGAAUGGCAUCCCCAGCCAAAGAAAUAGCCAAUGAGCUCGUUCCCUUAGUUCGCGUCUACACGGACGGCUCAGUCGAACGAUUCGACGGCUUGCACUAUGUGCCACCAUCACCAAACCCAGAUCCACAAACUGGUGUGUCAUCAAAGGACAUAACAAUCUCCGAAAACCCCAAAAUCUCUGCUCGUCUCUACCUCCCAAAAAUCGAACAACAAGACCAAAAACUCCCUAUAUUGGUCUAUUUCCAUGGCAGUGCAUUUUGCGUUGCAUCUGCCUUUCAAUCCGCUCACGAUCCUUACUUGAAUCUUCAGGUCUCUCAGGCCAAAGUGGUUGCGGUCUCUGUUGAGUACAGGCUGGCUCCAGAGCACCGUCUUCCUGCAGCAUAUGAGGACAGCUGGGCCGCUCUCAAUUGGGUCGCAUCUCACUCAACAACCCAAAACGAGCUCGAUAAGGAUCCAUGGCUGUUGAAUCAUGGAGACUUUGACAGGCUUUACAUAGGAGGUGAGAGUGCUGGGGGUAAUAUAGUUCAUAACAUCGCAAUCAGAGCAGGAUCUGAGAAUCUGGAAGGAAAUGUCAAAAUCUUGGGUGCCUUUAUUUCUCAUUCUUACUUUUGGGGCUCAAAACCAAUUGGGUCUGAAAAUGAUCCUAGUAAGCCCAAGCCUUAUGUGGGUUCGAAUUCAAUAUCAUUUGCUUCAGAUCCUAGUUUAGGUCAUGAUAAGUCCUUCCCAGCUUUGGUUUGGAGCUUUGUGUACCCAUCUGCUCCUGGAGGCCUUGAUAAUCCGAUGCUCAACCCGGAAGGUCCUGGGGCGCCGAGCUUGGCAGGGCUUGGGUGUUCGAGGUUGUUGAUUGUUGUGGCCGGGGAAGAUGAACUGAGAGACAGAGGUGUUCGUUACCAUGAAUUGGUGAAAGAGAGUGGUUGGAGAGGUGAAUUGGAGUUCCAUGAAGACGAGGAAGAACAUCAUGGUUUUUACAUUGUAAAUCCUGAUACUGGGAAAGCUAAGAACCUGAUCAAACGCUUCGCUGAUUUUCUCAAGUGAUUAUUGAUUAGUAUUGGAGGAUUUUUUGUCGGAUGUCGUUGCGGUUACGCCACAGAUAUUAGAUUGGGAGUCCAUUGAAUGGACCACUAUGGGUGGGGAUGGGAGGGGCUGGAAUGAUUCCAGCCACACCCAUCCCCUAUGGAUGAGAAUGGCACGACAAAACAUGUCCCGCAUUAGAAAAAAACUAUGUCCAGCACUCCAUGCUAGUAAUAAAUUUUUUUUUUGGCUUUUAUUAUUAAGUCUUUUAUGGCCAAAAGUAUCUUGUGGUUUAUGUAAUUUAUUAGUAUCUCCUGUACUGCAAAUGGUUAUAAGAACCCCUCGAACUUAUGUAUUUCUCUUGU